CAAAAAAGGUAAUCUGGUGAUUCACUUUUUGUUUUAUCCAGAAAGAGCUGUGUGCAGUCUCUGCCUGACCUCCGUGUUCUUUGCAGGUGGCUCUGCAGAUCGCUCCUCCGUGUACCAGUGAGAGGCAUUAUGAGCGUCUGGGACGGUGCUGUAGCAAAUGUGAACCAGGUACACCUGCUUCUGGGCCACCUUGCAUUGUCCCUCAAAAGUGGGGAAGUACAUGUCUUCUAAAUGCACUACUAACUCCGACAGUGUAUGUCUGCCCUGUGGCCCAGAUGAAUACUUGGAUACCUGGAAUGAAGAAGAUAAAUGCUUGCUGCAUAAAGUUUGUGAUACAGGCAAGGCCCUGGUAGCUGUGGACAUCGGCAACAGCACGGCCCCCCGGCGCUGUACCUGCACGUCCGGGUACCACUGGAGCCAGGACUGCGAGUGCUGCCGCCGCAACACCGAGUGUGCGCCAGGCCUGGGCGCCCAGCACCCAUUGCAGGUCAACAAGGACACAGUGUGCAAACCUUGCCUCGCAGGCUACUUCUCAGACGCCUUUUCCUCCACGGACAAAUGCAGACCCUGGACCAACUGUACCGUGCUUGGAAAGAAAGUAGAACAUCAUGGGACAGAGAAAUCCGAUGUGAUUUGCAGUUCUUCUCUGCCAUUCAGAAAACCACCAAAUGAACCCCAGGUUUUCUUGCCGGGUUUAAUAAUUCUGCUUCUCUUCGCGUCUGUGGCCCUAGUGGCUGCCAUCAUCUUUGGUGUUUACUAUAGGAAAAAAGGGAAAGCACUCACAGCUAAUUUGUGGCACUGGAUCAAUGAGGCCUGUGGCCGCCUAAGUGGAGAUAAGGAGUCCUCAGGCGACAGUUGUGUCAGUACACACACGACAACCUUUGGUCAGCAAGGAGUGUGUGAAAGUGUCUUACUGCUGACUCUGGAGGAGAAGACAUUUCCAGAUGAUAUGUGCUACCCAGGUCAAGGUGGUGUCUGUCAGGGCACGUGUGCUGGAGGUGGGCCCUACGCACAGGGCGAAGGUGCCAGGAUGCUCUCGUUGGUCAUUGAGACCGAGAUGGAGGAAGACGGCUUCAGACAGAUGCCCAUGGAAGAUGAAUACAUGGACAGGCCCUCGCAGCCCGCAGACAAUUUACUGUUCCUCACUGAGCCUGGAAGCAGAUCCACACCUCCUUUCUCCGAACCCCUGGAGGUGGGGGAGAAUGACAGUUUAAGCCAGUGCUUCACGGGGACGCAGAGCACGGUGGGUUCAGAAAGCUGCAAUUGCACUGAGCCCCUGUGUGGGACUGACUGGAUCCCCGUGUCCUCUGAAAACUACUUGCAAAAAGAGGUGGACGGUGGCCAUUGCCAACACUGGGCAGCCAGCCCCAGCCCCAACUGGGCAGAUGUCUGCACAGGCUGCCGGAAGCCCCCUGGGGAGGACUGUGAGCCCCUGGAGGGUUCCCCAAAACAUGGACCCUUGCCCCGGUGUGCCUAUGGCAUGGGCCUUCCCCCUGAAAAAGAAGCCAGCAGGGCAGAGGCUGGAGACCAGCUGGAGGACGGGGACGAUGGGAGGCCCCCAAGCUCGGCGAGGGCAGGCACCGGGUCUGCAAGCUCCACUGGUGGCCAGGCCCCUGCAUCUGGAAACGUGACUGGAAACAGUAACUCCACGUUCAUCUCCAGCGGGCAGGUGAUGAACUUCAAGGGCGACAUCAUCGUGGUCUAUGUCAGCCAGACCUCACAGGAGGGCGCGGCGGCGGCGGCGGCGGCGGAGCCCGUGGGCCGCCCAGUCCAGGAGGAGACCCUGGCGCGCCGCGACUCCUUCGCGGGGAACGGCCCGCGCUUCCCGGACCUGUGCGGCGGCCCCACGGGGCUGCAGGAGCCGGAGAAGGCCUCGCGGCCGGUGCAGGAGCAGGGCGGGGCCCCGGCCUAGCGCCCCCACAUGGCCGGGAGCCCGAAGCCUGGAGCCAGGGUCGCCGACCUGGACCGCGCGGCCGCACCUGAGCCGAGCCUGGCCCGGCCUGCCCGACCCCGCAGCUCGCGAAGGGCAGCACUGCGGCCUCCGCCCCAGCCCGGGCCACCCCGGGAUCGAUCGGUACAGUCGAGGAAGACCACCCGGCAUUCUCCGCCCACCUCGUCCUCCAGGAAAUGGGCUUUUCAGAAAGUGAAUUGAUCAGGUCUUCCCCUAUGCCCACGGCUGCUCAGCAGACCCCCACACGGGGGCAGAUGCCUCCCCUGCCACCCCUCAAACUCGCAGCAGUAAUUUGUGGCCUUAUGACAGCUGUUUUUAUGACUCCUGUUCUGUGUGUGUGCCCCAUAUUUGUAUUCCUGGUGACACAGCCUCGCUCUGUCGCCAGGCUGGAGUGCAGUAGUGUGAUCUGGGGCAUUGCAGCCGCCGCCUCCCGAGUUCAA